UCCAGGUCUCGCUCGUCCGGAGAACGACGCGACGACUCGUUGCUAUGGGCGUGACCUCGAGACUCCUCCAGAUGGCGUUGCAGAUGGCAGUACUUGCGCAUUCGUCGUCUGUCACUGCUGGAACGCUGGCCGGCGUGGUGGGCGGGAGGCUGAGAGUGAGCGCCUCCGUCAGACUCGCCGCCGAGAGUGUGGAGGGGUUGCUGGACACUACCCUUAGCGGCCACACCGUCUUCGUGUAUUCUUCUCUCGACGAGAGGGAUUUGGAUUUCCUUGCGGCAACUUUGCGCCAGAAAACAUCUUCACUGUCAGUCUUCAACCGAAGAGAAUGGGACAAGCUGUUCUGGGCUCCCGUCAUAGAAAACGGAGGUUUUCGCCCCAAGACCAAUAAUUUAGUCAUAUUCGGAGUGACAGAUUUUAUGUACAUGAGACAGCUGAUAUGUCAAGUUCAUAUAUUUAUCAUAUCAGUUUGUUUUGAAUCACUGGACGUAAUAUUACAUGCGUCAAAAAUCAUAUGAACGUAUAAAAAAUUGUGAACUGUACAGGCCAGCACAGCUCAAUAUGUGAUAUAAAAAUAUAGAUUAAGCAUUAAACCGUUUAAGUUAAAACGAAUAAUUUAUAACUGACUGUAUUUGCAAUUACUGAUAUAUAGAAAAUAUAGACUUUUUUUAUCAUGGUAACUUAUUAUUCUUUGCCAUCUGUGAAAACCAAUGAACUGUUCCUUUGGGUAGCCAAAAUCUGGUAGGCAAAACACACAUGUAGCGGAAGUAUGUGCCAAGUUAAAGUGGAGCGGCAAACUAAUCCUUAUUUCCAAGCUUAUACGUAUAAUACCUGCUUCCUCAUAUCUUUUAAAAAUAAAGCCGUUUCGGAAAUAAAUUAAAUAUCAGUUAGAAAUCCUAUCUUCUAAGCUUAAACAUACAUCAUUCAAUGUUCAUUAGCCUUAAACAAUGAAAGGUAUGAUUCUCCACUUUGCUAACUUGCAGUUUUAUAUAAAACGAGUAACAUAAUUGGACCGAUUUAGAAAUAGUUUUCACUUUUUCUGUCCAUAAAGACAGAUCAAAGUAAAACAAUAAAUAUGACAAGGUCUCUUAUAUAUCACUUUACCCAUUUCAUCGUUUUCUCUAGAUUACACUUUUUCAUUUCAUUAUUAUUACUAUUAUUUUAAUUGCACCGUUUCCCAACCUUUUAUUGGUCGCGGUCCUGAGCAAGUUCAUACUAUUAAAUCAUUAGUUUUUUUUCUUUUACUAUGCGACACUCAAGGCAGAAACAUAUUGUCAGCUACAAGAAUGUGUAGAAAAUGCUUCGUUAAUUGACUAGACUUCAGCCAAACACUAAUUGUAAUGUACAUAGACCAGGCGUGAACGGACGCGAGCGAAGUCGAGAAUUUUCAUACAUUUUAUUGAUGCUUUGGCAUUUACUUGUAAUAAUCUCGCUGAAGCUUAAUAUUCCGAAAACUGUGAUGGAAGUGCAUAUACAUGCAGUUCUUACUUUAUUAUUAUUUAUUAUUAUUAUUAUUAUUAUUAUUUUUUAAAACCAUCCACGACCCACAGGUAAAUCCUCGCGAC